AUGGCUGUUCUCGAAAUUUAAGAUAAACUCAUAAAAGAUUAUAUGGCUAAACCUAAGGAAAAAAAACUUAAACUAGACAAAGACGAUAAGCCUUUGAGAAAAUAUGCACCUGACUAAACAGAAGUGCUCAAUGAUAAACUUAUUCACGAUGUGCAUAACUAAAAGACUGAAGAGCAUAACGCUUAUUGGAAAAAGUUCUGGAAAGAUAAAUACAAGAAUAAGAGCUUUAAACGUGCACUUAAGAGUAUGUCAAAGACAGAGAAAUAUAAAUACCUGGCAUAUCCUAAUUACAAUCAAUUGGCUGCUUCUACUGCAGGACCAUUAGGAUUACCUGGAUUAGCAGGGUUACAUGGAUUAGCAAAUUAUGGUGGCCUAGGAGGAUUAGGUCCGAUGUCAUCAUUAAUACCCCCUGUAAUACCUCCACUUACUGCACAAGGUCCAUUUCUUCCUCACUAGGGGGUUGGAGGAUCUGUUAUAGAUCCACUUACUGGCUUACCUCAACCUAUAAAUUUCAAUCCUGGCUAUCCUUAUCCUUAUCCAUACAUGCAUCCUUAUGCCUACAUUCCUCCUGCUCACUAUCCCUAUACAAUAAAUAUGGAUGGAACUGUAGACAAUAAAAGAUAUGGAGCAUUCGUCCAUCCUUGGGAUGACCCUCCUUAUGAGCCAUUCAAAUAUUAUGGAGGCCAUGAUGAUGAGGCUGAGUUAGACAUAAUUGAUGACGGCAGAUCCGUCGAUCUCACACGAUAUUUAGCUCCAUUAACUAAGUCUUUGGAGGAUCAAAAGACUUACAAGUAUCCCAUUUAAUAUGAUAAUAAUUGA